GGCCCCGAUCCUGCCUCGUGUUUCCCUCGCGUGCCGUCUAUAGCAGCCCUUUCCAGGAAAAUGACUCUUGUCUCUUAACCCUCGCCAGAUCCAUCCAAAAAGUCCCUAGUGGCUCCGUACUUAUACAUACCCGCACUUUCACAGCUUCACUAUCCACACCUCUGCCCGCACACCUCGAACUCUAGUCCGCCAUGCUUCUCUCACCUGCGUCCACCAGUGCCAGCUUGCCCUCCUCGCUCUGGGGCAAGAUCAAAGGCGGCGGCGGCGGUCCCAAGAGCAACAAGGACGUAGAUCUCAGAGAGAGACAGCAGCACAUGGCUCUCGCCCGCCAGCGAUUGCUGACCCUGUCGUUCGGGGACAUGGAGACCGUUCGGAUGCUUCCAAGCAGCUUUGGUGAUCUGGAAGCCCUGGCAAGAGAUUGGGCUAAACCCCCACCAGAUGCCAUCUUCAGCCUACGAGUCCCCGUCGAAUAUGCAUCAUUACACGCUGCCCGAUUGGUAUCAGGGCCAUACAUCUAUCUGACGGGCGAAGAUUCGUACCAAAUCGCGAUUAUGGGUGUGCAAGGUCUCCGAGUGGAGAUCGUCAGCGAUGCACCACCGCCACCAGAAGAAGAGCCUCGACCACCGACACCACCACCCCCACCAGUGCUCGAAAUGCCCGCCGUCUUCAGCCUCGAGCUCCAACCCGGCCAAACCGUCGCGCUCGAAACGACCGUCGCCUCGGACGGCGACCUCGACAUGGCGCGCAUGGAGGACGGCACGAUGGUCGAGGGCGCCUUCUGGGGCAAGCUCAACAUCGUGCACCAGGGCGACACCCACAAGAUGGAGUUCUCCGGCACGCGCCUGCCCCCGCAGGAGGAGGUCGCGCCCACGGCCGCGAUCACCAACGGGCAGAGCAUCACCGAUCUGGUGGUGAACACCAAGGCGCUGACGAGGCUCGCGGUAGUCGCGAAGCCCGCGACGGCCAAGUGCCAUUUGAGCUUGCUCCCGCCGGCGCAGCAGUACUGCGAUGUGUACCUCACGUUCUCGCAGUUCUGGAAGAUGGGGCUGACGUGGCCGCCGGCGGAGACGGUGGAGGAUAAUAAGAUCAAGUACUUUUUGAGAGUCCACCCCGGAGGUGCGAUGGAACACUUCGAGAGUAUGAUGGUCGCGACAAGCAUAUAUUAUGAGGCAAUACCCGACGCGGAUCUACUGGACCCGAUGGAGCUGCUCGCGCCGCGGAACAGUUACGCAAUGCCCUUCCGCGACUUUGUCGGGCACCUCCAAGACGUCCUUGACAAGCUUGGUCUGACGAUGCACACCCGGAGCAACUUCAUCAACAACAACCUCGCCCUCUUCGCGAACCACCGCAACAUCGCAUACCGCCUGCUCUCCCCCUCGCGCAUCGCCGCCGCCAUCGACAUCUCCGUCACGGCCGAGUCGUGCCUCUUCAACCGCCUCUUCCUCAUGUUCCGCGGCAUCUCCGACGACGACCUGAUCAACUGGUCCGGCGCGGGCGAGAAGGAGGCUAACAACGUCAACUGGAGAGAUAUCAUCGGGUUCCCCGAGACGACCGAGCCGGGCGUGUUCCGCGUGCUCGAGACCAGCGUGCUUGAGCUGACAUAGGUCAUGCCCAGCGCAGUUUAGUUGGGGUUUGCGGUCCCGGUCCUGCUUUUGUUUCGCUUCCGUCUCGGUUUUCUUAUUCAUAUCUACAUUACGGUCGCUCUGCUAUGCUGUGCAUUUAUCGCGUUUGGUCGUUCAGUUUUUCUCUUUCCUCGAGUGUUUAAUGUCGUCAAUUUCUCGUACACUUCUCGUUAUCAUGCUAGGGUAUAGAUACGCUACGCUAGUGCUCUCGUCGUUCAAAGUAGUUUGUACCUCUCCCCACUGUAUCCAUUGGCUCCUUCCUGUCUUUCUAGAUCUGUACCGGUAGCGUAUAUUCUGCGUAUGCUCUACGUACUCUCUGCUUGAUCCAAGAAAUGGAAUCGCUUGUGCACCUCGAGCUCCGGGUCGGGAUAUAUAUAUCGCUGGAGGCCUCUGACGCUCUGUCAGAGGGCGGAAUAGUACAUUUUGUUUUGGGCGCGCCGACUAGAGGCUCAUCUUUCCCCUAGUCUCGAUGGGCAGUAGGCACAUGGCCACGAACGCAGCCAGAAUGAGCGAGCCCGACGCGUA